GUGUGUGAGAGUUUAGUAUCGAAAAAUAUAUUUACAUAUACAGUAGCAUCGUUUGCAUAGAUAGAGUACGUGUAAAUAAUUUUCUUGUUUACCCGCCGUUUAGCUAGCCAUCUGUAUCUACAAUGACUAUAUGAAAUACAGGACUCGUUGUUAUAAGUAUGUUUUGAUAUAUGUUGCGCAAACAACCGUCAACAAAUUUACUGGUCGUUGGCAUUCGAGGUUGAGUUGAAAUGUAAACAUUGUGUGCUGGAACUUGAGUUUAAAUUACUUUGACUGUUAAAAGCAUUCGAGUGGAUUUUAACAGCUCGAUGGAAUUUGGGAAAGGAUAAGUGUCAUGAAUACAACUCCAAAUAAACGAAAACGACGACGAAAGAACGAGAGUUUUGAAACUGAGAAGAUGUCACAAUCCUCAAGUAUAAAUCAAGAAAAUGUCGACUCUACGGGUAAUAAAUGGAAGCGAAGACUUCAUUCUUUACGAAGAAGUUUAUCGAAGAAAAAAGUAACAAAAUUAAAGGAAUUUGAAAGGAAUCAAGACCAGAAUGAAGUACAGGAAUGUUCGUUCGAAAACAAGAAUGGACAACAUACCAUUGCGGAUAUUACAUUUGAUAAUAGAUGCAGCGAAAAUAUUGAAUUAAAUGGUUGGCAACAAAAUUGCAAUGAAAGGCAAUCGCCAUUAUUAAACGGUUGUUCGUCCAAAGAUAGUCCUAAUUUAAAUCCACCCAUUCCAUCUGAUAACAGCAAGAUUAAUGUUAAGAAAAGAAAAGGAUUUCAUCGACGUACAAAAGGCGACACAGUGCGGGGUAACAAAAAUCAUCAGAGCACUUCACAACAAGAUCUACAAAAUGGCAAAAAUAAAUCCUUGAAUGGCCUCGAGAGACUAGAUAGCGACGCAAAAAGAAGCAGAAGUCAUUUGAACGGUCGUAAGAAUAAACGUUUAUCAUUAUUUUCAGGUUGGUUUAAACUACCAAGCCGGGCUUCGUCUGAAAAGAACUUAAAACGCCGAGGACGAGGUCUAUCAGUAUCAACCGGGAAUUUCAAUGAACAAGAAGGCAAUUUCAAAUUGCUUACGGAUGUAAAACUUUUAAGAGAUCCCGGUUAUGUAUCGAGCUCCGGAGAUUCUCUUGAUUUAGGCGAAGACAGAUAUCAUUCCCUCCGGCGUUCUCGGGCUUCUUUAAUUGACAUUAAAUGGCAUAAACAUGCAAAGAGCGAAGGCAAUCUCGCAAGCCCAGUAUCACGCAAUCGUAGUCUAACUCUAAGCCCUUCAUCAAGUUCAAAUAGAAAAGAAAUUCUUCUUUCAAAUAAAACUACUCCAAAUAUCCGAAGGAAUAGCGCAAGUAAACACCGACAGGAGAAUAGAAAAAGUUUACCUGUUAACAUUGACGUACAGAAUCCCAGCGGAAUAUGGGAGGACUGGGACCAAGUCUCACCAGAGGUGCCACAGUGUAGUGAUAGUUUAGGUAGUUUUGGAAAUAUUACUGAGGAUGACGAUGUUUAUUUAACUGCAGAAGACGACUCCACGGGUAGCUCACCAAAUCUAUUUUUGGGCUCUAGUGACCAACCAUUGCCCGAAUGUAGUAAAGAAACUGAGUCGAAAGAACAGAUAUCAGGAACUGAAAACAUAGUAAAUAGAAAAAUAUCAGCAGAUUCCUAUUUCUCUGGUACACCAAAUGGCAAAGGCAUAUCUUUAGCUGGUCUACCUGUUUCUGACAUAAAUAGAAACGUGGAACAAGUGGCCCAGGCAACAAAAACAUCAUGUGGAGGGGUGACACCAAAUUCAAGCUCAUUGAAUGAAGGCCAAAUUGUGCAUGUUCAACCAGCAAAAGAUUCUGAUGACAAGGCAUCAAGUGUCAGUAUUAAAAACAACAUUGGUGCAAAGCCAAUAACAUAUGUAUGUAAAAACUGCCAGGCACAGGCCAGUGGAUGGAGAACUAUUAAACCUAAAGAUUUUCAUAAACUAUCCUUGGGUCAACUCACUGAUCUCAAUGAUAGACCUGUAGUAUCAAUGAGAUGUAUGCAAUGCAGAUCUUCACGGUUAUCAAAGCAAAGUGACACUUGCCAUGAUGUACUUAUUACCAGACCACCAAAAAAGCCAGCCCCUAAACCUCCUGCUUUGAUGAAAAAUAAAUCUAAAAGUUUAACUGCACUUGCUGGAAAGUUUCCAAUUUUAUCUGAACAACUUGACCUGAAUGAGACAUCAUCUCUACACAAGUUGAAUGACUCUUGUAGUGAUAAUUUAUGUGAACUGUUAUCACAGUCCAAAGAUACGACAUCACCAACUAGCGAGGGGGUCUAUGUUGGGAUCAUGGGAGAUCAGGGAGUUAUCCUUCGGAAACGAAGGGUGUACCAUAAACAAAAUCGUGUGGUAUCCAUGCCUUCAGAAUUACUUGAGAAUGUCAUCGAAGUAGAAGGUGCAGAGGUACAAUCCAAUACUAAAUAUAGUGGGAAAUCAUAUUCACUACAAAGUGCUGAGAGUGAAGUGUAUUUAAGUUGCAAUUCUGAAGCCCCUUCAAGUUAUAAUUCUAACACUCCUUCAUCUGGUGUACUAAAUAGUAGUACUGAGAAAGUAUUAUGUAUGAGAUCAGUAAGCAUAUCAAGUAUCGAUGUUCAGGAUCUGAGCAUGAAAAAGAAAAUUCAUUCUCAAAGUGUCCCAUGUUUGGCAUUCAAUAAAGGCUGUCUGGAUGGUCUCAAAACAACACAAAUUAACCAAGGCGUAUUGGAAGAUAGUGCCUUUCCAAGCCAAACUUUCUCUAUUCCCAAAGAUUGUAUUAGUCAGCAAUCAUCGACAGCACAAAGCAUGAUGUCUUUGAAUUUCCAGCAACCUAACGAAGGUAGUGAUCAUGAUACAUCUGACAAGGUGAGUCAGAGAUAUUAAUAAGAAUACUUAAAACCACAUACAGUACUGUAUAUAUAUACCGUAUAUAUACUGUAUAUACAUAUAUAUAUAUAUAUAUAUAUAUAUAUAUAUAUAUAUAUAUAUAUAUAUAUAUAUAUAUAUAUAUAUAUAUAUAUAUAUAUAUAUAUUAAAAAUUAAAACCUAAGAAUGUUCAUUAAAAAUUGAAAAGCACUACAGUUCUGUUUCGAGAGGCCCUUUCUAGAUCCUGCACCUGAAGAGAGGGGAUCUAGAAAGGGCCUCUCGAAACAGAACUGUAGUGCUUUAUACACAUAUUAUUUUACUAUACUUAAUUAAUUACUUUACUUUACUUAUAAUAUAUAUAUAUAUAUAUAUAUAUAUAUAUAUAUAUAUAUAUAUAUAUAUAUAUAUAUAUAUAUAUAUAUAUAUAUAUAUAUAUAUAUAUAUUAAGAGAUAGCAACAAAGCUACUGAAAUACAGUAGAUACUGUAUGUACCAAUACUAUGCAGUACCUGUACAUUAUUAGAUUGAUUGAUUGUGCCACAAUCGGAAAAUUACCGAUUAUUCAUGCAACAAUCUACCUGAUAACCGAUUUUAUAUAAUGACCUAGUGAUGUCAGUCGACCAAGUAUUCAUUCUGGCAAAUUGAAAAUGAUGGCUUUUGGACAGAAGACAUCCUUUUAGGUCAUGAUUUUAACAAUUAACAAACUGCAGUCGAAUGGCGACAAUCAGUCAAAUAUUUCAUUAACUAUUGUUCAACUAUUAAAUUAUUUGAACUUUUUGUUGAUUAUUCACACUUUUUCUCAAGCAUUUGCAUUAUUUCAAAGCUUUGUGGGAAGGUAUUUAUUGUAUUUUAGUGACAAUUUACAAUAACACUUCCAAACAACUACAAUAUUUUAGCCCUUUACAGUAGUUUUAGAAUUAGAAUGCAGCUACCUAGUGAAACCUAGUGACAAUUGCCAAAAAAUAUGCAACACCCCUGCCCUCCCCCCCACCCCAAGGGUAUUUGUCAGUUACCAUGGCCCAAAAUGGCCAAUUCAGACACCCAGUUUUCAGAUCCUGGCUAAAACCAUGAUUAAUGCUAACCCUUUAAGUGCAUGGCAAUGUACAGUAUCAUGAUGCACCCUACUUGAGAGUGCUGCCACUCAAUGGGUAUUGAAUAUAAUUAAAAUAUUUUUGCAGGUAACUGGCAAACCAUUGAUGUAUGCAGAGGCAUUAUGGGACCAUGUUACAAUGAAUGAAGAAGAACUUUGUUUCACAGCUGGUCAGGCUAUAGCAGUUUAUGAUGUUGAUGAUCCUGAAUGGUGGUUUGGUCUGGCUGAUGAUCACAUUGGAUGGUUUCCAGCUGCAUUUGUCAGGGUAAGUUUUCUUACAGUCUUGUUAACAAGGCUUUUUAUCACCCUCCCUCUGGGUCUAACUCAAAAUUAAAUUGAGUGUAAUUUUAAAUUAUUUCAUGGCUCAAAACAGUGGAAGCUAGCUAGGUCAAGGAACAACAUUCUUCCAAAGUGAGAUAAUAUCCCAUCAAGGCUUCAUCUCAAUGCAUGCACAUGUGAAAAUUGUGCAUGGAGAACAUACAGUAAUUGCAAUCUGCCUUGAAACCAGAAUGUUUGACAAGUGCAUUUUCUAAAGGCCAAUUUACACUACAUAAGUUUUGCCUAAAACUGCUGCAUGCAAAAUACUAGAUAAACACCUGCUAUGCAGGCUAACAACCUGCUUACAAGCUUGUCAACAAGCUGUAACAAUGCUGUUAUUUUAUCAAAUUGCUAUAAGGUUGUCACUCACAACUUGUUGACAACUUGUUGAAUGGCACGAUGAUAACAAGUUGUUGGAACAAGUUAUUGGAACAACUUGUAACAAGUCUGUUGAGCUCAACAACCUUGUAGCAAGUUGUCAACAAGCCGUUGACAACUUGUCAACAAGCUGGGAACAAGCAGUGCAAACACAUCCUGUGGACAAGUUGUUGGAACAGUAUUGCUACAAGUCUGCUGUAGGUUUGUUACAACUUGUACGUUUUUAUGCGUGUAGGUGAGACACUCAAGUUGUAAGCAGGAACCUUGCAAGCAACAGUUUCAGUUGUGUAGUGUAGUGUAAAUCGGCCCUAAGACAAUUAUAAGUACACAAUGGGUCAUUCCAGAAAACAUCCAUACCACCCCCAUGGAGGAAAUAGGAAGUUAACCCCCCUACCCCCUUUGGAUGUCCUAAUACAUUUACUAUUAUCAGAAACAAUUUGUUCUCCCCUCCCCCUCCGGACGGCAGAAAUUUCUUCUGUGGGGGGAGUAUGGAUCUUUUCUGGAACGACCCAAUUUUCCUCACUCAGAUUUUCUCCUAGCGGCUUAGCUACAUAAAUUAUAUUGUUAUAUAGUUAGUGUCAAAGUUCGAUUUUUCUGUUUGCCGAUUGGUCAAAACCGUAUCACAUGCUGGUCCACAAAACGUUGUGUUCACUGCGUGCUUUGCCGAGGAGGCAACUGGUCCACAAUGAAACAUUUAUUGACCGGUCAAUAAUAAAAUGGGUGCAAUACGCAUGUGUGUCAACCAUGAAGUUCCAAAGUUCAUUUUUUAAACUUUUAUUAAACAUUUACGGCGUUCCAUUUAUGCAGUUUUGGUUUCAAAUUAAGUUCACUCCAAUAACCGGUGAAUUAUUCAUACUUUGACACUUAUAUACUAUAUACUGUAACAAAACACUUAUUUACUGAGACUGAUCGGGAAAGCAGUGUGUUUUUGUGGCCCCUCGACCACCGUUGUUGCCACAAAACAAAUAACUGCAUAUUUGCUUGCUGGAACCAUGAACUGGGUGACAGUGACCGUGACACCUCACUAUGAUUUCUUGCUGGAGCAGUAUUAUCAGUACAAAUGUUACCCUAGUUUGCUGUAGAAUUUGUACAUACCAUUCUUUUACCUUCUAUUAAAAAAUCAAUUCAUUCAGUUCAUCUCAGCUCCACCCAAAUAUAAAUCAUUUAUUACAGUGUAAUAUUAAUAUAACCGUGGCCAUCAGGCAUGGGCCCAUGGUCGUAAAAUAUAAAUUAUUCAUGAAAAAUUAUACACUAUUACUAUACAAAAUACCAUUUAUAAAAAAUACCGCUUCUAAACAAAAAGUUAAUUAAAAACAUCAUUACCUUAAUUAAUAAAAUCGCUUGAUAUUUCUUGCUUUUCGCAACCAUUCAAACUUUCGCCAUAAUUUCAGCGCCAUAUUUUGAUAACCUUUUUCACGGCUUUUUGUCAAAAUUUUGUGGUUAGCCUGCGCAUGCGCAGCUAAAAAAGUGUUGUCGUGUGACAGCGCUUAGCGCAUGCUCGGAAAUCGUCGCUUUACCAGUGGGUUUACUUUGGAGGUUCAUUAGUUUAUAUCUUCAGUGCAUGGUAUGUGGAUGAAAAUCAGUGGCGGCGCCAGGCCUCCGAAUUUUUUUUUUGGGGGGGGGGCAUUUGAGGGGCAAACUAAUAUUUUUGGGGGCAAGAUAGAAUUUUUAAAAAGGUCGCCCCCCAGGAGAUUCGCCCCCCCCCCCCCUCAAAAGGGGGGCGAUAUUACUAAGAAUAUCGACCACGGGGGCGAAUAUCCUAGGAAUAUCGCCUCCCAGGGGGGUGGGGCGAAUACCCUAGGAAUAUCGCCCCUCUUUAGGAUAUUCGCCCCCCAUAUAUGCGAUGUGGUUUAUUCAAAUAAUUUCGUGAUACUUUCAUCUUAUUAGUGCCUUACACGUUUGAGAAUUUAACUCUGCAAAACUAAAGCUUUUUUGUCUUUUUUGAAACGUAUUAUUGGAGUAUUUUACCAUUCAGAGAUUUACAAACUAAUAUUGAAACUGUGAAAAACAGUUUCAUGUAUACGCGCAUUCACUAAUGAGUAAUGACAACUUAUAAGCCAUACAUUUUCCGAUAACGACAAAACGCUUGUGUAGCCGCAAAAUGGGGGGGGGGGGCAAAAAAUAAUUUUUGGGGGCAUUUUCCCCCCUUGCCCCCCCCCCCCCUGGCGCCGCCGCAAAUUUUUUUUCCGUAGACAGUCGGACUCCUCAUUGAUAGUCGGACGCAUCAUUGACCCGCGCCCUUAAACAAAAUAUUCAGCGGAUACUCGUCGCUCGCAAUUGGUGAUUUCAAAAUCGGUAUUGCUUGGUUGAGAUGUCAAAAUCUGAGCAGGACACAUUGUGGCUUCAUACCUUGUGUGGUGAUGACAUCCGACAGGAGCGAUUGGCAUUGCAGAAUACCCAUCCACUUUUUAAGCCAUGCCUUUCAAACAUCAUGGAUACGAUGUAUUAAUACAUCUACAUUUAUUCUCAAUAGAUUAAUAAUAAAUAGAUGGUGGCCCGGUAAAGGUAACUACGAGGCAUAUAGUGACUUAGCAUUAAUAGAUUAAAUUGUCAUAGUGUUAAAUGUAGCUCUCUAUUCUAGUGGAUACGCGGAUACGCAAUCAAGUAGUUAUUUUGAGAACGAGGCAUACAGUUAGAUUUAAAGCAUUAGAUCAAGUUGUUCUCACGCUAUAGGUAGCUCUAUAUUUUAGUGGAUACGCGAAUGCGAAUUAGUUGGCAGUAGAUUAAAUUCACAUGCUAUAGAGAGCUUAAAUGUGGUGUAAUAUGCAAAUAUGUUCCUCACAACCGGACAUUGGCGUUUGACAGAUUAUGAUUAAUUAGCGUCGGCUGGGAGAAAAUACAGUUAUAUUAUAAAACAUACUAAGCAUAAUAUUAAACAUUAAAAGUCUUCCAUGAUAUUUCCUUUAUUGUAUCAAUUCGUAAUAUUGUCUGAGUAAUUAGUUUCAACUUGUAUAUUAGAACGAGGCAAUAAGAUCUGAUAUAUACGUAUCCAGUGAAAUAGUGGCCGGGCUACAUGAUAUGUAUUCCGUACACAGGGUAUUCUGCAAUACUUCUAUUUGUGGAAAGUGGUAUUGAUUGUCGCUUUGAAUCUUCCACUAUUUCCUCGCACGCUAGUUAUCUUAUCCUGAUUCUCUUCAAAAGGGAUGAUAUAUAGUUUUAACUCGCAAUAACCGUUCUUGAGUAUUUUCGGAACCAGAAAAACAAGUUUGUAGAUUUAUUAUGGAAUCGCGAAGUAAAUCGUUCAUCUUUCUACACGUGGUCGAAGAAGAACAAAGUGGAGUGAUGGAUAUAUGAGGCACCAGUGGGUUACGAAGGGAUUCAUUGAUAACGCGCGGAGGCCUGGACGCGGAUAAAUGAUGCGUCCGACUAUCAAUGAGGAGUCCGACUGUCUACGUAAAAAAAUUUGCGGCGCCGCCACUGAUGAAAAUAGACAAAAUAACACCGUUCGAUUCAGUGAAACAAUUCCUAUCGAUGUCACCAUUUAUAUAGCGAAUUUUACGACCUUUAGAGGUCAAGCGAUACCAUAUUUCAUUAGAUUACACAAUUUUCCCGAACAAUGUAAACAAUGUAUUACUAAAGGCCGAGCCACACCGGACGCUGAAUCGACAACACGGCGCGAUUUUUCAGGUUUUGAAAGCUAAUAAAACAGCCAAUGAACGGAAACUGUUUUAAAAGAUUUGUAGACCAAAUAACUCAAAAUGUUAUAACGCUUCUAAAGAUUUUAAACAUUUUGUAUUUCUAAAGAUUUGUGAACAUAAACUCUAUUUCAUAUUCAUUUAGAAGCAUAGAGAACCAAAAUGAUGUUAGAUAUUCAGACAGUACAUCAUAUUUUAAAAAAUACAACAAACCGUUUGUUUACAUUACGGACUUGACUUCCACUUUAAACCAGGUCUUACCAGGAUCAAAGAUAUCGGUCAGUAUCUGCAGAUUUGCAUCUUUUAUUUCGGGAUUUCAGAAUAUCAUGUUCAACACUCGAAAGAAACCUGGUAUUUCCGCGCACUCCUGUAUUAUUGUUUUAUUAUUAUUAUUAUUAUUAUUAUUAUAAUAAUAAUAAUAAUCACUUCUACACGUUGUUGCCGGUUGUCAACAUUACCUGGAACGAUUUACUUGGAGACACGAUUGCAUACUAAACUUUCUUGCAAAACUUUUCAAAAUUUAAACGAAUGCAAAUUACAUGUUGAUCUUCCUGGAUUUGAAAGCCCCUCGAUUAUUACGGGAGAUGAAUAUCGUCCUGAUUUACUUGUCUCCACUUCAGACAAACACCUCUACGUCGUUGAACUUACCGUAGGCUUUGAAUCAAACCUCACAAACAAUGUUAACCGCAAGAAAGCUAAAUAUAAAAACCUAAUUAGAGAACUGGAUCAAAACUUUACAUCUGUUAAAUUUAUAAAUCUUUCUGUCAGUUCGCUAGGGGUGUUUGACAAAGAAUGUCAUACAUUCUUAAAAAUGCUAAAUGA